GUCAAAGUGAUACAUUUUGGACAAAACAACAGAAGAAACGGAGAGAGAAUGUCUGACCCACGUUCUCUGUUUUACGCGAGUGGGAACGUGUUAUUUAAAGGUUUCACUAUGCGACAAAGUAGUGAUUUGUCAGUAUGUGGACCAAGAACUGGCGCUCCCUGGCACGCGCCUCCAUGGCUGCGUGGAAGUGUGCAGCAACUAAUGUACAUCUUCUGCUGGCCAGGGGGCCAGGUGCCAGGGGGCCAGGUGCCAGGGGCAGCUGGUUUUAUGCUCUGAUCUCACUCGCUCACGUUACUGACAACUACUGUGGGCUUUGGUCGUAACACAGCAAGACAGUCAGUCAGUCAGUCAGUCAGCAGGACUUUGACUUGAAGAGGACAUCGAGACAUCAAGUGAAUAGUUACUUGAUCAGUUUCAGAGUUGAUUUUAGUACCAUCAAUUAGGGUUUCUAGGGAAUGUAGUACUUCAGUAUUGAAACUGUCAAAUUCUCUGGGUUAAUUCUUCUGAUUGGGAAGUGGGAAAAUGAAUCUCAAGAAUGGAU